AUGGGUCCAGUAACUGGAAUGACUCCUGAUAAGAAAGGUGAAACACCAGGAGCAGAGAAGACUGUAGGGCUAAGGCAUAUUCAAAGAAUGGGAAGCCUGCCGGAGGCGGGAGAUGCCGCUCGACCGAAGGCCACAGCUGUGGAUAGCGACCUGGCUGACGACGAGCUCACAAACUUGAACUGGCUGCAUGAAAGUACGAACCUGCUAACAAACUUCAGCCUCGGAAGUGAGGGUCUUCCAAUGGUCAGUCCUCUCUAUGACAUUGAGGGUGACAAUGUGCCAUCCUAUCCUUCGUCCUGCUACGUGAACCCAGAGAAGAAAUCUGCUACUUCCAAGCCCCCCUAUUCCUUUAGCCUUCUAAUCUACAUGGCAAUUGAACAUUCUCCUAAUAAAAGUUUGCCCGUGAAAGAAAUCUACAGCUGGAUCCUGGAACGUUUCCCGUAUUUUGCUACAGCACCUACUGGAUGGAAGAAUUCUGUCCGGCAUAAUCUUUCCCUGAACAAGUGUUUCCGAAAGGUGGAGAGAAGCCAUGGGAAGGUGAAUGGGAAAGGCUCUUUAUGGUGUGUGGAUCCAGAAUAUAAGCCUAACCUUAUACAAGCUCUGAAGAAGCAACCUUUCCCCUCUGCAUUUGCUUUUUAUACCCCACCAGCAUCACCACUGAGUGGUUCAUCAUCCCCUCACUACUUAACCUCAGUCUUGAAACAGAGUCAGGGUCAGUCUAUCAAAGACUCUGAUAUCGAUGCUGCUACUGCCAUGAUGCUGUUGAAUACUUCUAUUGAACAAGGCAUUUUAGAUUGUGAGACGCCUCAGCCCCUCAAGCUCUCCAAGAAAAGGAACUAUGGCAGUGCGUUCCAUAACCACAGUAUGGCAAGCCAGCAGGAGUCCAGUUCCACAGUCCCCAACAUUGACCCGAAGGAGGAUCAUAAUUACAGUGCCAGCAGUGUGGCUUCUCAGCGUUGUGCAUCGUUGUCGAGCGUGUCUUCCCUAUCUUCCAUCGAUGAGGUGUAUGAAUUCGUCUCAGAGGCUAGCAGGGCUGGGAGCGAUGGUAGUGAAGGGUUCCACAGCGAGGAGGACACAGACGGCGAUGAUGAGGAAGAUGAUGAUGACCCACUGGCGGACAGUGGCUACACCUCCCAGCCACGUGUCGGUCCUUCUGAUAAGAACCAGCCUCACAAGACAGCCUUGGAAGAGCUUUGCCAAGAAAUAGAUGAGGAACUGAAAGAGGCUGCCGGGUCUCUUCUUCACUUAGCUGGGAUCAGCACAUGCCUGGGCUCCCUAAUAAGUACUGCAAAGACCCAUAGUCAGAAACGAAGGAAAAAAGAAUAA